GAGGUGUACGUAAGGAGUUGAGUGGAGUCGAGUGUGUUGCAAGGAAGUGUAUUGGUGUUGUACUUGUGCUUACAUUAGUUCGAUGUGGGUUGGAAGUAGUACGUAGUGUAUCUGUGUCUUUUCAUAGGUUACCAUUUAUGGUAAUCUAAAUUGCAACGAAAAGUAUAUAUUUUUUUCAUUUUGUGAUGUUUUAGGACUUGAUUGAAAAUAACAACUAUUAAGAAUGUUCGUCAGUUUAAGAUGGGUCAUAGCAAUAUCAAUAUGGAUAUCUAUAGUCAUAGCAAAUUAUACACCUCCAGAAAGACUGACAGGAAUGAACCCAUGUAUCAGUAAACAAACGUGCCAUGAGUGUGUACAGACUCCACACUGUGCUUGGUGUGCAGCUCCUAGGUUUCCUGAAAAGAGGUGUUUUCUUCCCAACAUAAAUACCAAAAUACUAAUAACAUGUCCAGAAAAAUAUACCUGGAAUCCGGACAAUGUUUUUAGUAUGGUGAGACACCGUAAUUUAACUAAAGGAGGUUAUUCCAUUGGUGGUAAUGCUGGCAUUGAGGGUCAUGGUUCUUUCGAACAAACUUCUUCCACUAAUUAUUCUAGCACAAGUUCUACACAUUUUCAAGGAAGUUCAAGCAGUAGUAGUAGUAGUAGUAGUAGUAAGCGACAAGAUGCUGUGCAAAUGUGGCCUCAGGAAGUGAAUUUAAAACUUAGAAUAAAUGAAGCCUAUAGGAUGUCGUUUGCGUAUUCACAAGCAGAAGAUUAUCCAGUUGAUCUGUAUUAUCUUAUGGAUUUAAGUAAAUCCAUGGAAGAUGAUAAGAAAAAAUUAUCUGACUUAGGUCAGUUACUCGUAGAAAGUAUGAGUAAAAUUACAAGCAAUUUUCGUUUGGGUUUUGGUAGUUUCGUUGAUAAAGUAGUAAUGCCCUAUGUAAACACAAUGCCAAAAUUCCUUGUUGAACCAUGUGAUGGAUGCGCAGCACCUUACGGAUAUAAAAACAUCAUGAGACUGUCACAAGAUACAAGACAUUUUGCUGGUUUAGUAAGAAAUGCAUCUGUUUCCGGUAAUUUGGAUGCACCCGAAGGUGGAUUCGAUGCAAUAAUGCAAGCUAUCGUUUGUAGAAAUCAAAUUGGUUGGCGAGAAAAGGCUCGUAGAUUGUUAGUAUUUUCAACAGAUGCUGGUUUUCAUUAUGCCGGUGAUGGAAAAUUAGGUGGAAUUGUUAAACCGAAUGAUGGAAUAUGUCAUCUUGAUUAUAACGGUCUUUAUACUCAUUCGUCCCUUCAAGAUUAUCCAAGUAUAUCGCAAAUUAAUUUAAAAGUUAAACAAAAUGCUAUUAAUAUUAUAUGGGCGGUUACCGAAGAACAAAUCAAUGUAUAUAAAAAGUUAACGAAACACGUGGAAGGAUCAUUUGCAGGAAAAUUGUCAGAUGAUUCGAGUAAUGUAGUGGAAUUGAUUCGGGAACAAUACAAUGCUAUUUCUAGUUCAGUAGAAAUGAAAGAUACUGCCAGCAGUGCUGUGAAAGUGAAAUAUUUUUCGAGUUGUUUAGGCUCGGGACCGGCUGUUGAAACUUCUAAAUGUGACGGAUUAAAAGUUGGUACGAAAGUAGAAUUUAUUGCUGAAAUUGAAGUUACUAGUUGUCCUGCUAAUAGAUCUGAAUGGAAACAGAAAUUUGAUAUUUAUCCAGUUGGUAUCAAUGAAACAUUAACAGUCAAUUUAGAAAUGUUAUGCGAUUGCGAAUGCGAACGAGAUGGUCCUAUGUAUGAACCAAUGUCUCCUGAAUGUAACGGCGUUGGUACAUUGAAUUGUGGAGUCUGUGAUUGUUAUGAUGGAUUCUUUGGAAAACGUUGUGAAUGCAGUCCACAUCAAGAAAUGAGUGGAUUUGACAAACAUUUUCAAUCUUGUAGACCGGAUAACACGUCUCUGGUUGAUUGUUCGGGAAGAGGUACUUGUGCGUGUGGUCAAUGCGAGUGCGAAGAAAGAGAAAAUCCUGAAGAAAUAAUAUCAGGUCGUUUUUGCGAGUGCGACAAUUUUUCAUGCGAUCGUGAUCAAGGAUUUCUUUGCUCAAAUCAUGGAACAUGCGAAUGCGGGCAAUGCGUUUGUAAUGGUGGUUGGUCUGGACCAUCCUGUAGUUGUAGAUCUUCAAAUGAUUCUUGUAUAGCGCCGGGAACUACUAAUGGCAUACUUUGUUCGGGUCAUGGUGAUUGCAUUUGUGGUGAAUGUAUUUGUCACGAGGAAGGUAACACAAGAUACUCGGGUAAAUAUUGUAACAAAUGCCCGACGUGUCCUAGUAGAUGCGAGGAACUCAAAAGUUGCGUACAAUGUCAGAUGUAUGGAACUGGAAAUUACAGUAAUCCCGAAGAAUGUGCUAAAAAUUGUCGAGAAUUUGUUCCCGAACCCGUAGAAAAUGUUAUCGGCGACGUUGAUAACGAUGAAGUUAUGUGUUAUGGUACAGACGAAGAUGACUGCAAAUACAACUUUGUUUAUUAUUAUAACGAGACGAAUUGUUUGAAAGUGCGUGCACAAGCAGAAAGAGAGUGUCCUCCUCGAGUGAACAUGCUUGGAAUAGUAUUAGGAGUUAUAGCUGCAAUUGUUUUAAUCGGUUUAGCUUUAUUGUUAUUGUGGAAAUUGUUAACAACGAUACACGAUAGAAGAGAAUUUGCUAAAUUUGAAAAGGAAAGAAUGUUGGCUAAAUGGGAUACGGGAGAAAAUCCUAUUUAUAAACAAGCAACAUCAACUUUCAAAAAUCCAACUUACGCUGGAAAAUAAAACUAUCCUAGAUCCCUAUGACAUGACGAAGAAUAACAAGUGUUCAUAAUAUUAUUUUGUUAGCAUUUAUAUAUAGAAGAAUGUUAUUAUGCGAUAUUCGAGCCUGCAUUAAUAUUGCAUCAUUAGUUUAUUUGUCAUAAUAAGUUAAUACAUAUAAUUAAUUUAAUAUUCAAUAAUAUUAAAGUCAAUUAAGUUUACG